CUCAGGGCUACAGAGCUUCAUUUCAACAUGGCGGCGAACAGCAUUAGCGGCACGGGGAGUAAAAGCAGUGGAGGAAAGCAGUCUGGCCCUUCUGCCGAGCAGGUUGUGGCAACGUUCCAGAGGAUGCGGCAGGAGCAGCGCAGUAUGGCCUCCAAAGCUGCUGAACUGGAUAUGGAGAUCAACGAACACAGCCUGGUCAUCGACACGCUGAAGGAAGUCGACCCCUCGCGGAAGUGCUAUCGUUUAGUUGGAGGUGUUUUGGUCGAGAGGACUGUAAAAGAAGUGCUGCCUGCGCUGGAAAACAAUAAAGAACAGAUAUCAAAGUUAGUUGUGUCGCUCAACACACAAAUGCAGACGAAAGGGCGGGAGCUGACGGAGUACCGUGAACGUUACAACAUCCGCCUGGUGGGCGAAGACGACAAACAGGGCAAAGGCAACGCGGCUCAGGCCAAAGCAAGUGAAGAAGGAGGAUCUAAAAGCGGAGCUGGAGUUUUGGUUUCUUAGUCAAUUUAGCUGUUCACAUCGACCUGUAAUUCAUUGUUUAGGGUGUGAGAGCCUGAAUAUUGUGAAGAUCACAAUUUUACAUGUGAAUUUUGUAUAUUCAUAAUAUUCAGACGGUCUCUAAUCUCUCCAGAGUUACACCCUAGGACGCAGAACAGCACAGCUGAUGGGAAUAUUCUCGCAGUUAUACAGUAGUGACCGUAACGUUAUGGGUUGAUUUUGAGUGCAGCCGUGACCUUUAAUCCCUAAACACUUGCUCGUUCUCUUGCCCUCUCUCCCUAUCUCUCGCCCCCUCUCUCUCUCCCCCUCCUCUUUAAAUGUUUUGCGUAGGAUAAUGUAAAUUACAGAAUAUACACAGCUCCGUGUCCUACACAUCACAACACAUACUGAACAACUGAUUUUGCCUUUCACAUCGUAAUGAAUGUUAUAUGCUACGAAUCUUAGACACUUCAUAUGUUUAGGUGGUUAAAAGGCUCAGACACUUUUACUUAGCUAAUUAAGAUCAUUGAUUUUGAAAUUGGAGCACAGUCCUACCUGAAAUGUUAAACCUGUUUUGAAGAAGAUAUUUUUUUUUAUGUUUGUCUUGUUUGUUUUGGUUAAUGAAUUAAAAUGCCAUCUUGAACAUUUUCCCUAAA